CUCAUGCGAAAUGGCGAUCAAGACUCGCUUACCAAUAAAGGGGAUGGAUUAGCCUAGCGAGCCAGAGGAGACAGGAUUCGAGGUACAUCAUGACAAUCAUGAGUACCAAUUUGCCAAUUGGCCACGAAGAACGAGUACCCAAGCAUAAAACCGAUUCGGAACGGCUACCGCGAAUUCAGACUAGCGGCGGACUUCCGCCAGUUCCUAUUUCAUUUCUCCCUAAGUUCCGAGAACAUCGCCCCCGGAAUCUCUCAAUUCAAGUCACAAUGUCCAAACCAACAAUCGUGAUGGUCCCAGGAGCAUGGCACAAGCCAAUUAUCUACUCAGAUGUUGCUUCCCAUCUCCAUAAGCACGGAUACCCCACCGUCCUCCUUCCUCUUCCCUCCGCUGGAGCCGUUCCUCCUCACGAGGACUUCGCCGAGGAUGUCACAGCCAUUCGUGACUGCCUCACCUCUCUCAUCAACGAGGGUAAAGACAUCGUCUUAGCCGUACAUUCCUACACCGGCAUGCCCGGAUCCGAAGCAUGCAAAGGACUCGGCAAGAAAGAGCGCCAAACCAGAGGAGAAAAGGGUGGCGUGAUCAGAUUCGUAUGCAUCAACGCAUUCGCCAUGCCCAUAGGCUUUCAACCUACACUGCGAGGAGAAUACUCCCAGUUUCCCGCUUGGAUGAAAAUCAAUACGUCUGAUGAUAUCACGACUGUCACUCCAUCUGAUGCAGCAUCAAUUUUUUAUCAUGAUCUUCCUUCGUCGGAAUGUUCUUCAACUCGUGAGAAGUGGGUGAAGGAACUGGAACCACAUCAAAGUCUUGGAAUGAAGGACAAGAGUGUUUUCACUCUAGAGGCGGUGGAGGGUAUGCUAGGUGCGGCGAGGGGUCAGGUGGAGAGUGCUUUUGAUGUUGUGGAAAGGUGUGAGGAGGGUGGGCAUUGCUUGAUGGUUAGUUACCCAGAGUGGACUGCGCAGGCAUUGAGAAGAGCUGCUGGGGAGAAGGUCUAAUCAAAUUGAUGAAUUCCUGGAGAUUUCGAGGUUGAGGAACACCGGUCAGCAUGCGU